CAACAACCUCGCCUUUUCACUCAAAUGAAUCAGGCGUGAUCUCCUAACCCAUGUGGGACUUUGGGACAUUUCUCUCUCUGGUACAUUUUCGCUGGAAAUAGGCUAAAACGCUCAAGUGGUCCCUUGAAGUCCAUUUCUAUCCCAGCAUCUUUUUCUCUAAGUGAAGAUAAUUUCUUGACGACAUCCCCAGACAUGGAGAGCAGAGGAAUGAAAGGAGGAAUUGUGAUAAAAGACGACUGGCCAGGAUACAGCCUGGACCUGUUCACUUACCCGGAGCACUACCAUGAGGACAUUGAGAGUGUUUACAUUCCACAUGGAGUAAUCAUGGACAGGAUCGAGCGCUUGGCUCGCCACAUUGUGGAUGACAUCGGGGACCAUGACAUAGUGGUGCUGUGCGUCCUGAAGGGCGGCUACAAGUUCUGCUCAGAUCUGGUGGAGUUCAUCAAAGUUCUUGGCCGCAACUCCAACACCUACCUGGAGACCCGGGUGGAGUUUAUCCGUCUGAAGAGCUACCUGAAUGACCAGUCGACAGAGGACCUGCACAUCAUAGGGAGCCGAGAUCUGUCUUUUCUGCGUGGAAAGAACGUGCUCAUUGUAGAGGCGAUAGUUGACACAGGAAAGACCAUGAAGGCCCUUCUGAAGCACGUUGAGACCUUUCAACCCAAGAUGGUCAAGGUCGCAGGUCUGCUUGUGAAGAGAGUCCCCAACAUGGCUGAGAGUCUCACAGACUACGUCGGGUUUGAAAUCCCCAACCGCUUCGUCGUCGGCUACGCCUUGGACUACAACGAGUAUUUCCGUGACCUGAAUCAUAUCUGUGUCAUCAGCGAGAUUGGAAAGGUGAAGUACAAGGUCUGAGGAAAAUUGAAACCUUAAGUUACCUGCCAGAAAAAGUGCCUUCUCGCUUCCUCCAGCUCGUGCCGAGUGGAAGUUCGGUUUUUGUUUCUUUUACUGUACACUGUGCAUUUGGCCAAAAAUGUUCCUAAAUGGAUUUUCUCAUUUCUCGAACAGUCACUUUUUGUACUAUUUCUGUUUACAUGUUUCACAAAAAAGAAAAGAAAGUUUUUUUUUGGUUUUUUUGGGUUUUUUUUUUUGAGUUCAGGAUGUUUUUUUCCAAGUGGUUUUCAUCUAGUGUCUUACAGUGCAGGGACUGUUGCUUCACAGAAGUCUGUUCAUCUCAAAGCAGCCAGUCAUAAGAGUUGCUCAGUGGAUUUAUUGAGUGUUCACAGAAUGUCUUUGAAAUAAAAAAGAAAU